GCUGUUCAUGGUGCCAAAAUGACCAAACUGCAGCUGCUGAACGCCUACCUGACGGAGCGGCUGACGGUGGUGGUGAAGGAGAUCCUGGACGUGGUGGAGGACACGGUGACCGAGUACCGGGAGGAAACGGCUCGGACCAAGCGCGAGAACGAGAGUCUACGGAGGCAGCUGCGGGACAUCCUGCUGCUGGAGGCCGAGACUGAGUGGCUGAGAUCCACCAGGUCCAGUCUUGGUUUCGCUGCUCCUGAGCAGCAGACCAGCGAUGCGGAGCCGAGGCCCUGCUCAGAGGAGCCGGACUCCACCCUGAACCAGACCAGACAGCCUCCAGCCAAUCAGAAGCUUGAGCAGGUGGUGUCGGUCCAGAGCGAGACUCCUCUGCCAGGAGACCAGAAGCCAGCUGAGUCCUGGGAGUCGGGGCUGAAGCCUGAGCUGCAGCAGGAGGCGUUCAGGAAAGCUUCCCCUCUUCCUUCUCUCUCCACCCUCAGUACUUCCUCUGCCGCGCCCCCUAAAAUCCACAUCGAGGUUCCUGCGCUCAGAGAGGAGCCGCGGGCCCCGGCUCCGCCUCCGCCUCGCAUCAAAACUGAACCUGAAGAAUACAACGUGUGUGAACCUGAAGCUCACGCAGAGUCUGUGACAGCGAGCACGCACGCUCACGUCCCGCUCCUCCCGCCGGAGGAAUCGACUUUCAGAGCGGAAGCAGAGCGAGCGGCGGCGGCGGCGCUGAACGUCGACCAACACGAACGCAACAAGAAGAGCUCUCAGGAGACGAGCGAUGACGGAGCCGUCGCCGGUUACGUCCCCGAGCUCGUCCACCGCUGCCCCCGCUGCGGCGAGGCGUUCGGCCAGGCCAGCAGCCUCCGCCUCCACCUGGAGCAGAAGCGAAAGACGUACGCCUGCGACUGGUGCUGCAAGUCUUUCGCUCAGUCGGCCGACCUGCGGCGCCACCUGCGCACACACACGGGCGAGCGACCGCACCGCUGCACCUUCUGCUCCAAGAGCUUCAGCCAGAGAGGAAACCUGCGGCGACACCUGCGCAUCCACACGGGGGAGCGGCCGUACAGCUGCCCCUACUGCUGCCGCACCUUCAGCGACGGAGACACCAUGAAGAAGCACAAACGCACGCACUCAGGAGAGAAGCCGUACCGCUGCGUCCAGUGCUCCAAAACCUUCACCAGCGCCAGCGGCCUGCAGAUCCACCUAAAGAAAGACAUGUGCUUCGUGGCUAACGCGUGAUUGGACGAGUCAGGAGAGACAGAGACGCUGCACGGAGAGGAAAUGAUACAUGUUGAGGUGAUGCAGCACCAUCAGGACCCGGCAGGUUAUAACCAUGUCUGUCUUCAAUCUGAAGGUCUUUACUCACCAAAUAGUUGCAUCUAAAUCAGGUUCAAAUCAUCAGGCUUCUUAAGAGUUGGAAGAAUUAAUCAGCUUUUUAUUCCUUUCUUAAAGAUUUAUUAUUUAUUUACUUUUUUCCGGCAGUGUAGACGCUUUCUACUUCUGUUCUUCUUCUGCUGGGUUUUUAAAAUGCUGCUUAUUUAAGUGCUUUCUGUUGAUGCCACAUCCUGCUUUGAGUUUAACCAAUCAGCACAGAGUUAAUCUCAAGCCCCACCCAGGAGUCUUUCGGGGCUGAACGGAGCACCUUCCCCCGAGGCAGGGACUCGUUUAGCUCCAGUACAAGUUCCAGUAGAUUGUCAUUCAGGGAGAUUCCUGCUGUGGAGACGAACCGACGGCAACGUAACAUUACCCUGAAGUUCCUGCAGUGGAAACGUGGCUAAUGUAGCAUGAACUGUAACCACUCAGCUACCAAGGAGAUCCAAAUUGAUCUUACUGUUGGAUCUGUCAGUGUGAAACAUGUUUGAUGAACCUACAGAGAAUUAUCAGAGAUUCUGCAGCUCCUCUCAGCUUUAUAGUUGAGUUUCAGCUCAUUGUUUAUCUGUUCUGGUUCUCAGUGCUAACAUAGCGUCGUUCUUAUCUCUUCCAUUCACAGCAGAUAUCAGAGCUUGUAAUCAUAAAAUAUAAACCUGAGCAGAUUAAGAGAUUAAUGUAGAGAUCAGUAAUUAAAAUGCAGCUUAUUAAAAACGCUUGUAACGUAUCAAGAAGUCAGAUUUGAACCUGUGACGAUGUGUAUAUGUAAUUAUUUGGCACAUGAAGACACUCAGCAGUGGGAUUCUGUCUCCUCGCCAGCCGUCUGUUGAGCACUCUGUGGGUUUUUCUGAAUGGGACAUGAUGAAGUUUUGGUUUCCAGGCAGCUACACAGCCUUCAUAUUUAUUCAUCUAUUUAUUUUUAUUUUUAUUUUCUUUCGGGAUUGUGAGCAAACAUAGUCAGAGAGUCUCCUGCAGCGUCUUCACUGGACAAAAGACGACUUCACAUGGUUCUGGAUUGAAAGUCAACGUUUGUUUCCAAAUCCGGAGCAGAGAUGUGAAGUUUAAGCGACUGAUGACCGACCCAGACUGUAUCCUUCAAAGUCCAACUGAAAUUAUUUAUUUUUUUGCUAAACUACAGCAGCGUGCGCUCAGUGAAUCAGCUGUCCUGAAAGCAAAAAAAUGGAGAAAGUAGUAAACUUCUUUAAUAAUGUAAUGGCGCCCCCUACUGUCACAGAUAUUGCUCCCACUCUGGCAAAUCUCAUUUAUAUGACGGAGUAUAAGAGCCACACUAAGAGGAAAAAUGAAUAAAUACAAUUUUGGAAAUGACGAGAAUAAAGUAUUUCCUUAUUUGUGAAACCGAUACCAAAGUAUAACUUCACAAGAUGCUCAACGUUCCUCAUUUUAACGCAGGAAGGGUUCUCAUAAAAUUACGACUUUAUUCUCCUAAUAUUACGACUUUAUUCUCGUAAUGUUACGACUUUAUUCUCGUAAUUUUAUGACUUCUCGUAAUAUUACGACUUUAUUCUCGUAAUGUUACGACUUUAUUCUCGUAAUUUUACGACUUUAUUCUCGUAAUUUUAUGACUUCUGGUAAUAUUACGACUUUAUUCUCCUAAUAUUACAACUUUUUCUCCUAAUAUGACUUUAUUUUCGUAAUAUUACGACUUUAUUAUUGUAAUUUCCACACACAAAAAAAUAUUUUUUCUCUUAGUCUGGCCCGGAUACUCCGUCGUACAUGUUAUAAUAAAGCUGCGAGCAUCAGUCGGCAGCUUCAGACCUUUCGGUGCUCAGUAGAAGGAAACAGCAGCAGGUUUCACUGAAGGUGAGAAAAGUCACUUCAGUUAGUUUAACUGUGUUUUUAGACGGAGUGAGACUAAUCAUCAUCAUCAUCAUCAUCAUCAUCAUCACAAAGUUUCUAUUCAUCACAAGUGAAUGAAACUCUGUGUAUGAUGAGGAGAUAACGAAGGGCGUCUCUUCUGAGCUUUAAAGGCUUUAUCUCCUGAUGAUGCCUGCAGGUUGGUCCAGGUUCUCAUAGUGCUGCAUGUUUCUAUACUUCUCAGUCUCAACUUAUUCACUACAAAUGUUAAGAAGAGUACAGAAGAAGAGAUUUGAGACACAACACAACACUAUUAAUAACGCAGUUUUAAAGAGGCGUCAUUCAAGGAGAUUUCAGUUGGACUUUAAAACUGUUUUAAAUGACAGAGGACAGGUUGACAGGUUUGAGCCAAAAAAAGAUUAAUAAAGAGAGAAAUGUUAGAAAGAGAAGCAGACGGAGGAUGAUGCUCUCGUGUUCGCUGAAGAUAAACUGUUGUUCUCACUCUGCUCGGCUUCUGUGAGCUGGUUUCCAGAUGUAAUCUCACCUUUACUGUUUUCAAUGAUACUAAAAACAAUGAAGACUUUCUGCUUCGUGACAGACCGGUUUCUGCAAUACUAAAAAUAGAAUAUAUUAUUUAUUUUCUUCUUUUUUUGUUUUCUGUCGGUGUUAGAAGAAGUUUGUCUGAUCUCACUCCUGGAAGACGUCUGAUUGUAAAUCACGAUGUGCGGAUUAAUCUGCUGUGAUUCAGACAGCGGCCGGAGUGACUGUGUGAAUGUGAAUAGAUCGUCUCUGCAGCCUUCUGUGUGUGAUUAUCAGUAUUUUGUAUCGAUGUUAAACAUCUUUGGUUUU